AUGGCUACCGUCAACGAAGACGAUGACGGCGGCGGCAAAGCUAAAGCCGCCGCUGCCGCCGGAGUCGGCGACGAUGGCGCGCCGGUGGUGCUGAUCACGGGGUGCGCCAAGGGCGGCAUCGGCUACGAGUACUGCGUCGCCUUCUCCGCCCUCGGCUGCCGCGUCAUCGCCACCGACAUCCCCGCCCACAUCCCAGACCUCACCUCCGACUCCACCUCCGCUGCGGCCGCCGUCGAGGUCCUCCCGCUCGACGUCACCUCCGACGCGAGCGUCACCGCCGCCGUGUCGCAGAUCCUGGCCACCCACGGCCGCAUCGACGUGCUCGUCAACAACGCCGGCAUCGGCUGCACGGGCCCACUCGCCGAGCUCGGCGGCGAAUCCGUCCGCCGCGCCAUGGACGUCAACUUCCACGGCCAGCUCCGGCUCAUCCACGCCGUGGCUCCCCACAUGGCGGCCCGCCGCACCGGCCGCAUCGCGAACGUGGGGAGCGUGGUGGGGACCGCCGCGACGCCGUGGGCGGGCGGGUACUGCGCGUCCAAGGCGGCGGUCCACGCCGCCACGGACGCGCUCCGGCUCGAGCUGGCCCCGUUCGGGGUGCGCGUCGUCAAGGUCGUCCCCGGCGCCGUCCGGUCCGGGCUCGGCCACGCCAACGCCGCCCAGAUGUCCGCCGGUGCCGGAGACGGAGGACAGAAGAACAGGUGGGGGAUGUAUGGGGAUUUUGCGGCGGCGAUCGAGGAGAGGGCGACGGCGUCGCAGGGGAAAGGGACGAUGGAGGCGGCCGUGUUCGCGAGGCACGUGGCGAGGAAGGUCAUGAGCGCGCGGCCGCCGCGGGAGGUGGUGUACGGGAGCAUGACGGUGCUCUUCGCGGUGCUGGCGGCGGCGCCUGUGUGGGCGCGCGACCGGUUCUUUGCCCGCCGCUUCGGGCUCAACAGGACGGUCUGACGAGUUUUUUUUUUUGAGCGAAAGACGGUCUGACGAGCGACGAGCUCUCUGUGUUCUUUGGGGAAGAAGAAGAAGACGAGGACGAACCAAGUCUGUUAUGGGCCGUUUGUUACCUGCGAAGACUGUUUGGGCCGGGCUGUUGUUAUAUGGGCUUGAUGAGUUGAGUUGUAUUCUGUGGUCUGUACGCGGAAUGCCCGUUUUCAAUAUUGAGUGGCCUGAGCUACUUAACUGGCUUCAGUCGCUCGAAAAAGGAAAAAAAGAAACUUACCGGCUUGAGUUUCUUGGAAAUUGAAAGCCCUGAAUGAACAUUUUGAAAGGCGAAAAGUAAGCAGGAGAGUUUGGAAUCAUCGCCACAGAAAAAGAAGACCCAGAAGAAGACGAGGAGAAGAGACACAAUGUAGGCAAAAAGCAGCUUGUUUUUUGUUACUGUAAGUCGAGAACUAUGGCCUUUUUUUUAAAUUCCCGGUCCCUAUCGGAUAAUAAAGAUGUGGCUGACUCUUAUCUAGCUAGGGAAAAAAAGCAAGAACUGCUGUUUCUCUA